AUUCGAUAUUUGCCUUAUAAAGAAGGAAGAUGAGCUCUGAAGUGUGAUUCCGAGGAGAAGAUCACCAUUCAUCCGGCUGCUGCAAUGGCAGCCUCAAAGGUUCCUCCACGAGCUCAUCAGUUUCAGCUCGUGGACGGCAUGCAACUCCAGAUUAAUGUAAGUGGAUCUUUGAAUGGACGCAACGUUAGAGUUGAGCUCCAGCUGAAGAAUUGCAACAGGACUUGGGUUCUUCACUGGGGUUUCACUUUCCCAGGCAACAGGAGCUGGUUCAUUCCUGGUGAUGGAUCAAACUCCUACAAGCCUGGUGCACUGCAGACCCCAUUUACUAAGGUACAGAGUGGAGAUUUAUAUGUGGUCAACAUCGAGCUGCUGGAUCCAAAGAUUCAAGCUAUUGAAUUUGUCUUGAAAGAUGGUAGCCGCGACAGAUGGUUGAAACUGAACAAUGGGAAUUUCAGAGUGGAGCUACCUGAACAUGAUGAAAAUGUUGUCACUCAGCAUAUACCAAAAGAUGUGAUUGACCGCAGGGCUUAUCAGAUCUGGGAAAGGAAGGGUAGGCCAAUGGGCUCACCGCAGCAACAGAAGCAAGAUUAUGAUGAUGCUGUAAGGGAGCUUCAAUUCCAGUUAUCCAGAGGAUUGGCUUUGGAUGAGCUACGGGGAAAUUCCAACACUGAAGUUACCAGAACUCCGACUCUUACUAGAGAUCUGCCCAAGGAUCAAACGGUAAAAUCUCUUUACCGCAGGAGACAUGAUGUGGGGCAGUGGUUGCAUAAGCCAAUGGGACGCAGCAAAAGCUUCAAUCGCCAAGUGUCCGCCUUGAUGGAUCUCGUGGAGAAACGUUAUGGAGGAGGAGAUGAUGUGGUGUCUAGACAGAGCUAUUAUGCAGGCAACUGUGAGAUAGUGGUCCUUUUGAGAGUGAUUAGAGGUGAAGUUCAUGUUUUGGUGGCAAUGAACAUUAAAGGUUCCAUCGUUCUUCAUUGGGGGUUAUCCAAGUUGUCUUCGGUGGAGUGGUUGGCUCCUCCACCUGAUCUACUGCCUGAGAAAUCGAAACUUGUGCCGGGUGCUUGUCAGACAUAUUUCACUGAAGUAGCCACAUCAAAUGGGUUCUUUCAGGUUGUGGAUAUAAAUCUGCGGCAACAGAAGUUUGAGGGCAUUCAGUUUGUGAUAUGGACAGGCGGUUCAUGGAUAAAAAACAAUGGGGCAAACUUUUCUUUCUAUUUGAAGGCAAUCAACGGUGGGGGAGAAGUGAAAGGCAGCAUGAACUGGUUACUUGAUGAGAUAGCUCAACGUGAAAAGGAGGCUGAGAGGUCCUUGAUGCACAGGUUCAGCAUUGCUACAGAACUAACAGAUCGCUGCAAGGGUGAAGGCGAGUUAGGUUUGAUUGGGAUAUUAGUGUGGCUGAGGUUCAUGGCCAGUAGGCAUCUCACCUGGAACAAGAAUUACAAUGUCAAACCUCGUGAAAUUAGUGAAGCCCAAGAUAAGUUCACGAACUUACUGCAAAGGAUCUAUUUGAACCAGCCGAGUGAGAGAGAGAUUGUGCGACUAAUUAUGUCAUGUGUUGGCCGUGGAGGCAAAGGUGAUGUUGGGCAGAGAAUACGUGACGAGAUACUUACUAUUCAGAGAAAUAAUGAGUGCAAAACUGGGAUGAUGGAGGAAUGGCACCAAAAGUUGCACAACAACAGCAGCCCGGAUGAUAUCAUCAUUUGUGAGGCACUCUUGAAUUAUGUAACUAGUGGUUUCAGAACUGAUGUUUACUGGCAAACACUGAAUGCCAAUGGGUUGACAAAAGAGAAGCUUGCCAGUUAUGACCGUCCAAUUACAUCAGAACCUCGUUUCAGAAGCGAUGCUAAAGACGGUCUCAUCCGAGACCUUACCAUGUAUUUGAAGACAUUAAAAGCUGUACACUCAGGUGCUGACCUUGAAUCUGCAAUUGAAAGCUGUUUGGGCCCUCCUUCCAAUGGGCACUACCGUGGAAGCCCAGACCGGAUUGCUUCUAUUGGUGGCCUAACACCAAAGCUACAGGACUCCUUGAACUUUGUCAGAUCCCAUGUUGCUGAUCAGAAUAUAGCUCCUCUGAUGGAGAAAUUACUGGAAUCUCGGAUUGAACUCCGCCCGUUCCUGUUAACAAGUCAUGGAAAAGCUAAAGACACUCUUUUUCUUGAUCUUGCUCUGGAUUCAACGGUCAGAACAACGUUGGAAAGGGCACUCAAAGAUCUGAGCUCUGUGCAACCUCCUGAAUUUGCAUUCUACAUUACUUUGGUGCUGGAAAAUUUAUGCCUUUCCACUGUCAAUAAUGAGGACCUCAUUUAUUCCAUAAAGGUUCUUCCUUUAGUUUCUGGUACCACCUUGAUUACAAACACUAUGGCUAGUGCGUUGAUUGCAGCAUAA